AUGCGACAGAAACCAAAGGCAAAGGCGGCUCCCAAAAAGGCCCCUGCUGCUAAAGCUGCUCCUAAGAAGACCCAGACAACACUCAAGACGAAGCCUGCUGCGAAGCCAAAGCCUGCUCCCAAGAAGAAGGCUAAGGCUGACAGUGAGGAUGAACAGUCCGACAUACAAAUUUCAGACGAUGAUUCAAUACUCUCCCACACUCCACCCAAGGCCAAGAAAGGUGCUGCAGCUAAGCGCGCGCCUUCCAAGCCCCUAGCCGAUGUCGAGAACGAGUCUUACGGAGAUGCUUCCUCUGAUGCCAAGAACGGCGACGCGUCACAGAGGUACCAGAAACUAUCCCAACUUGAGCACAUCCUCAAGCGUCCUGAUACAUACAUAGGAUCGGUCGAAGCCACCCAGCAGCUGAUGUGGGUUUACAACUCCGAGACGGAAUUGAUGGAAUCUCGCAACGUUACCUAUGUCCCUGGUCUCUACAAAAUUUUUGACGAGAUCAUGGUCAAUGCCGCCGAUAACAAGCACAAUGACAGCAGCAUGGAUGAGAUUCGUGUGACAAUCGACCGCGAACAAGGUGAAAUCAGUGUCUGGAACAACGGUCGUGGUAUUCCCAUUGAGAUGCAUGCCAAGGAGGGCAUAUAUGUCCCAGAGCUGAUUUUCGGUCAUUUGCUCACAUCUUCCAACUAUGAUGAUACUGAGCAGAAGGUCACCGGUGGUCGUAACGGUUAUGGUGCCAAACUCUGUAACGUUUUCUCAACUGAGUUCUCUUUGGAGACUCAGGAUACGCGCCAAAAGAAGAAAUACAAGCAGACCUGGACAGACAACAUGAGCAAAAUGGGCAAGGCCAAGAUCACGGAUGCAUCCAAAGGAAGUGAUUAUACCAAGGUCACCUUCAAGCCCGACUUCUCCAAAUUUGGCAUGGAGGGAAUUGACGACGACUUUGAGGCCUUGGUGAAACGUCGUGUUUAUGAUUUGGCUGGAACAGCUAAGGUUGCUGUUAAGUUGAAUGGCACGCGCGUCGCCAUCCGAAACUUCAAGCAAUACAUGCAAAUGUACACGAAGGCGAUUCGCAAGGAGCGCGGCGAUGAUGGCCCUGCGGCGAAGGAUGAGAUUCUCACAUGCAGCCCCGACCCCCGAUGGGAGAUUGGUUUUGCUGUUUCCGACGGGGCUUUCCAGCAGGUCUCCUUUGUUAAUACGAUUGCCACUACUUCUGGUGGAUCUCAUGUCAAUUACAUCGCGGACCAGAUUUGCAACCGCUUGUCAGAUCAACUCAAGAAGAGGAAUAAGGCCGGUGCGCAGCUUAAGACUGCUCAAAUUCGGAACCACAUCUUCAUUUUUGUGAAUUCCCAGAUUGUCAACCCGGCCUUUACCUCUCAGACUAAGGAGCAAUUGACCACUAAGCCAAGCCAGUUUGGCAGCAAGUGUGUCCUUGAUGAGGCCUUCCUAAAAAAGGUUCUUAAUACUGAAGUCAUGUCUAACAUCAUGCACUUCGCCGAACAAAAGGCGGACCAAAUUCUGAAGAAGGGUGAUACUGGCCGUCGCUCUCGAAUGAACAAUGCUAAGCUGGUGGAAGCUAACAAAGCUGGUACCAAAGAUGGUCACCACUGUACCUUGAUCCUGACAGAAGGUGACUCUGCCAAGGGUUUGGCUAUGGCUGGACGUGCAGUUGUUGGACCCGAUCUUUUUGGUGUCUUCCCUCUCCGUGGAAAGCUGCUCAAUGUUCGCGAUGCGACUUUUGACCAGAUCUCGAAGAACGUGGAAAUCCAAAAUAUCAAAACUUUCAUUGGAUUGCAACACAAAAAGGAGUACACAGAGACCAAGGGUCUGCGCUAUGGUCACCUCAUGAUCAUGACUGAUCAAGAUCACGAUGGUAGUCACAUCAAGGGUCUGCUCAUCAACUUUCUUCAAGCACAAUUUCCCAGUCUACUUAAGAUUCCCGAGUUCCUUAUUGAGUUCAUUACUCCUAUCAUCAAGGUCUGGAAGGGUGAUCCAAAGAACCCCUCAAAAUCUCGCUCUUUCUUCACCAUGCCCGAAUACGAAAACUGGCUGGAGGAGCACAAAGGCGAACGUGGCUGGGAUCAUAAGUACUACAAGGGUCUGGGAACUAGCUCCACUGAGGACGCCCAGGUCUAUUUCCGCGAUCUGGACCGCCACUUGAAAGAGUUCCACACCAUGCAGGAUCACGAGGCAGCGCUCAUUGAUUUAGCAUUCUCGAAAAAGAAAGCCGAUGAGCGGAAGGAGUGGCUGCGUCAGUUCAAGCCCGGUACAUACCUGGAUCAUUCCUCGGCCAAAAUCUCGUACACCGAUUUCAUCAACAAGGAGCUCAUUCUUUUCAGUAUGGCUGAUAACAUGCGUUCAAUCCCCUCCGUUAUCGAUGGUCUGAAGCCAGGUCAGCGCAAGGUGCUGUAUGCCUGCUUCCGCCGUAAUUUGAAGAAAGAUAUGAAGGUUGUGGAACUGGCAGGUCUUGUUUCCGGAAUGACUGCCUACCAGCACGGUGAAACAUCUCUGCAGCAAACUAUUGUUGGUCUCGCACAAACAUUUGUGGGAUCGAACAACAUCAACUGCCUCGAACCUAGUGGAAACUUCGGUAGUCGUCUUCAAGGUGGUAGCGAUUGUGCUAGCGCUCGUUACAUUUACACCCGCCUCUCACCCUUCGCGCGCAAGAUUUUCCACCAAGCCGAUGAACCUCUCUUGGUUUACAAUGAAGAUGAUGGCAAAAAGAUUGAACCAGAGAUGUACAUGCCCGUAGUGCCCUUGGUGCUUAUCAACGGUGCUGACGGUAUUGGAACUGGCUGGAGCUCCUCCAUUCCAAACUACAACCCUGAGGAUAUCGUGCGAAACCUCAAAGCCCUGAUGGAUGGCCAAACCCCCGAACCGAUGCAACCAUGGUUCCGUGGCUUUACCGGUGAGGUUGUUUCUCUCGGUGGUGACAGAUACAAAUUCAGUGGAAUCAUCAAGGAGACUAGUAAUAAGGAAGUCGAAAUCACCGAACUGCCUAUCCGUCAGUGGACCCAGGACUUCAAGGAUAAACUUGAAGAUAUCAUCAAGGCCGAGAAGACGCCUUCAUUCAUCAAGGAUUACAGGGAUUACAACACCCACAGCAAGGUUCAUUUUGUCAUUCAGCUUGAUGAGAAGAACUUCAAGCUUUCUCCCUCUGAGACGCUGGAAGAGAAGUUCAAGAUCACCAAGAGUAUUGCAACCAGCAAUCUGGUUGCAUUCGAUGCGGAAGGCCGUAUCACCAAAUAUGCCAGUGUGGAUGACAUUCUGAAAGAAUUCUUUACAAUCCGCCUCAAAUACUACGAACGGCGCAAGCAGCACCAGCUGGCAGAGCUUCAGCGGGAAUUGGAAAAGCUGAGCAACCAGGCCCGCUUUAUUCAAAUGAUCAUCGACGGAAAACUGGUCAUCUCCAAGAAGAAGAAGGCUGUACUGAUCAGUGAAUUGAAAGACAAGGGCUUCAAGCCUUUCCCGAAGGUGGCCGAUGCCGCCAAGAUGGGCGAGGAUGAGCCAGUCGUUGAGGAGGGCGAAGAUAGUGAAGACGCCGAAGUUGAGACAUUGUCAAGUGCUUACGACUAUUUGCUUGGCAUGUCCAUGUGGUCUCUUACUCAAGAGCGCGUUGAGAGACUUCGUCGCCAGAUUGGCGACCGCGAAACUGAGAUUGAUGAGUUAAUCAAACUUUCCAAGGAGGAUAUCUGGAGGAAAGAUCUUGAUGAUUUCAUCAAUGAGUGGCGCUUCCAGCUGGAGGAUGAGGAACGCCGUCAACGUAAGGCGCUGAGCGCUGGUCGUCGUGGCUCUUCCAAGCUUGCGACAGCCGUGGGCCGUGGAGCAGCUGGACGGAAGCGCAAGGCCGCAAAGGGCGAUGACCCUGAUGACGAAGACUUCGCGGCGCCAAAGGCAAAGAAGACUGCAGCUGCCAAGAAAAAAGAGGCGGCACCCAAGGCGCCCAAGACAAACAGUCUCGCCAAUUUCCUCAACAAGUCGACUACACCCAAAAAGAAUGCGAUCUCAGGCGACGCGGCUGCUGAUUCAGAUGAUGACUUUGACUUUGAUAUGGAAGUGCUUCCAAAGAAGAGUCAGCCUGUUUCCGAUAUCGAUAUCAUUGAUAUAGAUGACGAGCCUGAGGAAGUCGUCCCGAAGCCAAAGCCUGCUGCGAAGCGGGGAGCAAAGGCAAAGGCCAAGGUAGAGGACUCAGACGAUGAUUUCCUCGAGAUUGCAAACGAAGCCCCCAAGACAACUACUCAAUCUGGUCGUGCCCGCAAGCCUGUCAAGUAUGCUGCCCCUAGCGACUCUGAAAGUGAUAAUGGGGAUGAUCUCCUUGGUGACGUGAGCCUGAUGGUUAAGGGAAUCGGUGGUGGAGAUUCCGAAUCACGACAGCUUUUCUCGCAGCGGUCUCGUGCUGGAAGUAGCGCAAGUGUGAUUGCACCAACGAAGCAGUCCAAGAUCAGCGAUUUUGAUCUCGAUGAGACUGAUUACAGCAAGCUCCUGCCUUCCAAGUCUCCUCGGCGCUCACUGCUAGUUAAGCCUAAGGAAGCGACCCGCAUUGAAGACGAAAAAGAAGAAGCAGAGGAAGAGCAGGAUGAAGACGAGGAUGAUGAGUCGCCUGUCAAGGCUGUUUCCAGGGCAAAGCCGGCCCCCAAGGCCAAGGCUGCUCCUAAGGCUACUGCCGCCAAAGCAGCUCCUAAGCCUGCCGCUACUGCUGCAUCCAAGGCGCGUGGCCGUGCAAAGAAGGAUGCUGUUCCGUCACCCGCUGCUAAGGCGUAUGCCUCUAAGCACAAGAAGCCCGUAGAUGAUUAUUUUGAGGAUGAUAUCGAUGCUAUGGCGAACGACAUCUUGGACUCUCCUGCAGGCAAGAUGGAUGUCGAUGAGGAUGAUGACGAUGAGGAUGAGCCCAUUGUUCGUCGUGCUGCGGCGCGACCUUCCCGUCGUACCGCCACGCAAGCAAAGAAGAGUUAUGCCAUUGAAUCCGAAGACAGCGAAGAGGAGGAUGAGGUCUCUGAAGAUGAUUUCGAUGAUGAUGAAAGUGACUAG